UCUAUUGAUUCCAUCUGCGGUUUAUGAGAAGUCAACUGAUCUUCUUCUUCUUUCACUUUCAUUUUAGUGCGUUGAGCAUGGCGUCUGCUACUAUGAGAGAGGAGCUGACAUGUUGUAUCUGUCUGGACAUUUACACAGAUCCCGUAUCACUGAGAUGUGAUCACUACUUUUGCCACGACUGCAUAGUGAGUGCACUGGACACACAGGAGGGGGAAAGAUAUUAUACCUGUCCGGAAUGCAGAAGAAAGUAUCCAAAGCGGCCUGAUCUGAAGAAGAACCGGAAAUUACGUAAUAUAGUAGACAACUUCAGAUCUACGCACAGAGAAGAGGAGAAAAUGGGGUUAUCAGGUGGAGAGUCCCGAUCUCGGGAGUGUCCUGAAGAAUUCCAAGAAAACACAUUGUCUCCUCCUUCACAGGCUCAGGUUCAGCCAGUAGGCACAACUCCUUCACCUGAAACCAGCACAGGUACACCUCCCUCAAUGGGAACCGACAUCAUUCCUGACCCAGAAAAACGCAAGCUUAUCCAGCAGCAACUGGUGUUAUUGCUACAUGCACACAAGUGUAAAAAACGAGAGCAAGUCAAUGGUGGGAUGCACCCAUGCACCCUUCCCCACUGUCGUACCAUGAAGAAUGUUCUGUAUCACAUGACGCUCUGUACAGCCGGGAGAACCUGCCAGGUUGCCCACUGCGCUUCCUCCAGACAGAUACUCUCUCAUUGGAAGAAAUGCAUAAGGCGUGACUGCCCUCUUUGCAUGCCUAUAAAGAAUGCCAGUGACAACAGGAACCAGCAGUCUUUGUCUCCCGCCCUUCCUAGAAGUAAAGAACACUUUCACUUUCAUUUCUGCUUCAUUCGUUCCAGCAUGGCGUCUGUCGUUCUAGAAGAAGAGCUGAACUGCUCCAUCUGUCUGGACAUCUAUAACGAUCCCGUGUCGCUAAGAUGUGGACAUAACUUCUGCCAGGAGUGCGCGGUGCCUGCGCUGAAAGCACAGAAGUCCAGACCGUAUACCUGUCCUGAAUGUAAAGCUGAGUAUGCUGAGUGGCCUCAACUGGAGAAAAACAGGAAGCUACGUAACAUAGUGGAAGGUUUCCUAUCUAGUCAGAGAGACCAGGAGAAGAUCUUAUGUACGUAUUGUGUUAAAUCUUCUGUACCUGCUGUUAAGACCUGCCUCCAUUGUGAGAGCUCUCUAUGUGUGGAGCACCUGGAAGCCCACAACGAGAAAUUGGACCAUGUUUUAACAGAACCCACCUCCUCCUUCGGUGGUAAAAAGUGCUCCAUCCACAAGAAACCUUUGGAGUUCUACUGCUGUGAAGAUAAUACUUGUCUGUGUACAUCCUGUUGUUUGGUGGGAAAACACAAGGGACACAACGUGAUUCUAGUAGAAGAGGCCGCCGAGCAGGCGAAGGAGAGACUGAGAAACGCUCUGGGUAAACUUACCCCGUUGGAAGAAAAACUUGAAAAACGAGUCCGGAGUCUCCAGGAGCACAAGACUAAAGUUCAAGGCAAAGCACGUUCCGAAAAACAACAGGCUAACAACCUGUACAAAGAAAUCCGGAGACAGGUCGAAGUCCAAGAGAAAAAAGUUCUGAAUGACAUCUCCAAGAUGGAAGAACACGUUUUACUCAAAGUCUCCAAUGUGAUCAAGGAGGUGGAAUCACAAAAGGCCAAGCUGUCCAAGAAGAUACGGGACAUUAAGAAGCUGAGUGACAUGACUGAUCCAAUAGCUCUUCUGCAAGAGGAGCAACCAAGUGUACAUGAAGCUUCUGAGGGCCAAGAUGUAAACGCCGAUAGAGAUUUGGCCAUCCCAGAUCUGGAUGAGGUUUUGAUGGUGCUGACUUUGCACAAAUCCAUUACUGAUUUUAUGAACAAUGCAAACUUGAACGUUUCUUCCCAAGUAAAAGAAGCUUCUGACAUGUUUCUGGAUAUCAACACUGCCCAUAUGAAUGUGGCUUUAUCACAUGACCUGAAGACAGCGUCAUUCUAUGCAACGCCUCAGGAUAGAUCAGAAUUACCAGGGAGAUUUACAUACUGGAGCCAAGUGUUGAGCACCAAGAGCUUCUCCUCAGGGCGACAUUUCUGGGAGAUAGAAACCAGUGGCUUUGGAGUGCGUGAAUUCGGGGUGUGCUACCCUAGCAUGGAAAGGCAUCAAGAAGAGUCCGGUAUUGGAGAAAACAACAAGUCCUGGGGCUUACGACCCAUAGGAAAUAAACAUUUUGCUGUACAUGAUUCAUGUACACAGCAAGUUCAUCGCAAAUCUUCCUGUAUGAGAUAUGCUGUGUACCUGGAUUACAAGUCCGGACACUUGUCCUUCUAUCAGCUGAGUGAUACCAUCCUGCAUCUGCAUACCUUCAAGGCAACCUUCACUGAGCCCCUGCAUGCUGCUUUCUAUGUGGAUGAUGGCGCCUGGGUAAAAAUAAAGAGUUAAAGGGGUACUCUACGUUCUGGCUGGUACAAAACAGGUUUUGUUUAUUUACCGUAUUUAUCUCCCUAUUACCCGCUCCGCCGUAUAGCGCGCACCCCUAAUGUAGCCCUGACAU